AAUAUCUUAAAGAAGUUUUCUUUUAUGUAAGGCAAACUUGUCCCCCAAUUCUUUUAUAGGACUUGAGAAACCAAAGCUCACCGCUCUCUCUUCUUGAAAAACGCACCCUAUUCUUCCCUAUUUGCAUCGCAUUUGUUCUUGAAUCUCUUCGUAUUCUCUCCCCAGAGAGAAAGAGAAAGAGAAUGUUCCAACACAAGAAGCCCUCAACUAUGAAUUCCCAUGACCGACCCAUGUGUGUUCAAGGAGACUCCGGCCUUGUCCUCACAACUGACCCCAAGCCCCGCCUCCGAUGGACAGUCGAACUUCACGAACGAUUUGUCGACGCUGUCACUCAGCUUGGAGGACCUGACAAGGCCACACCAAAGACAAUUAUGAGAGUUAUGGGUGUGAAGGGGCUUACACUUUACCACCUCAAGAGCCAUCUUCAGAAAUUCAGGCUAGGAAAGCAGCCACACAAGGAAUUCAAUGAUCACUCAAUUAAGGAUGGUAUGAGAGCAUCAGCUCUAGAGCUUCAACGAAAUACUGCAUCUUCUUCUGGGAUGAUUAGCCGCAGUAUGAAUGAGAUGCAAAUGGAGGUGCAGAGAAGACUGCAUGAACAACUGGAGGUCCAGAAACACCUUCAGUUGAGAAUUGAGGCUCAGGGAAAGUACAUGCAAAGCAUAUUGGAGAAAGCUUGUCAAACUCUUGCAGGAGAAAACAGCAUGGCUUCAGCAGCUGGAAAUUACAAGGGCAGUAUUGUAAAUCAUGGUGUUAAUCCUCAUGACAUGGGAACUUUGAAAGAUUUCACCGCUCCUCUUGGCUUUCCAUCUUUUCAAGACCUUAACAUUUAUGGAGGUGACCAACUUGAUCUUCAACAAAGCAUGGACAGGCCAUCAAUUGAUCAUGGAUUUUUGCCGAAUAAUGAUAACCUUUGUCUCGGAAAGAAGAGGCCUAGCCCUUACAAUGGUAGUACCGGAAAGAGCCCUUUGAUGUGGUCCGAUGAUCUCCGGCUGCAAGACUUGGGAACGGCUGCAUCUUGUCUCGGACCACCUGAUCACGAUCCUUUCAAAGGUGAUCAGAUUCAGAUGGCACCGCCGUCGAUUGAGAGAGGAACCGAGAUCGAUUCAUUGUCUGAUAUUUAUGAGACAAAACCGGUUAUCUCAGGUGAGCAUAUGGGGGAGAAGAAGUAUGACGUGGCAGGAGCAAAGCUUGAAAGGCCAUCGCCGAGAAGAGUUCCUCUCGCCGGAGAGAGGAUGAGCCCUAUGAUUCAAGGCAGAAAUUCACCUUUUGGAUGAAUUUGCCUUUAAUAAUUACGGUUUAGAUGUAAGUUAUCAUUCAGAUAUUUUAAUUUAACUCUGAAAUAUGAGAUCUAGGGUUUUGAUCAUGAAGGUUAUAAUUAGUUAUAUAUCCACAUUAGGGUUUCUACUCAUGAGUGUAUGAUAAAUGCCAUACAUGGCAAACCCAUAAAGUUACAUUUUCAAGUAUUAACAUGAACAUUUGUGUUGAUACAAUAUUCCUAAUUGA